UCCUCCCCCUUUCGCCUCGCAGCAGCAGCAGCGCUAAAACCCCCCGCUCCUCUCCCAGCCCCAUUCUUAAACCCUAAUCUCUCUCUCUCUCUCUCCCAUUCUCUUUCUCUCUCUUCUUCGAGCGUGCAUCUCUCCACGAAGAUGAUGCACGUCGUCCUGAGGAGGACGGCUUCCUCGCCGAUCGCCGCCUCCAGCCGGGCGCUCUCCGCCGCCCUCACCUGCCGCGAAACCCUACUCCGCCGCCCCCAGCCGCUCGCCGCGCCCUCCGAUGGCGCUAUUCCCGGCGGGCCGGGCCAUUUCCUGAGGCCGCCGCCGCCGCCGUCGACGCAGCCGCCGUCGUGGCUCGGCGGCUCGGCGAGGGGGUUCCACGCGAGUCCCGGGCCGUUGGGGUUUAGGGCGUCGGGGGUCUCGCGGGCUGAGUUCGCCGUCGACGAUUUUGCGCCCUAUGACGAGGAGAAGCCGUCGGCGGGGAGUAGAAAUGAUGAAGGUCUUGAGAUUGCGAAGCUCGGGAUUGCUCCGGAGAUUGUCUCUGCUUUGGCUAAGAAGGGCAUAGCCAAGCUCUUUCCUAUACAGAGAGCUGUGCUUGAACCAGCAAUGCAAGGGCGGGACAUGAUUGCCCGAGCCAAAACCGGAACAGGAAAAACCCUUGCUUUUGGGAUCCCCGUCAUGGACAAGAUAAUUCAGUUUAAUGCAAAACAUGGACGUGGGAGGAAUCCCUUGGCUAUAAUCUUGGCUCCAACAAGAGAACUUGCACGACAAGUUGAGAAAGAAUUCGCUGAGACUGCUCCCAAUUUGGAUACUAUUUGUGUUUAUGGGGGUACACCAAUUGGAAGUCAAAUGAGGCAGCUUGACUAUGGUGUUGAUGUUGUUGUUGGAACACCUGGUCGUGUUAUUGACCUUCUCAAGAGAGGUGCACUGAACUUAUCAGAAGUCCAAUUUGUUGUCCUUGAUGAAGCGGAUCAGAUGCUUGCAGUGGGAUUUGAGGAAGAUGUUGAAACAAUAUUACAGAAGUUGCCACAGAACAGGCAGAGUAUGAUGUUUUCAGCGACAAUGCCAAAUUGGAUAAGAAGCCUCACCAAGAAAUAUUUAAAGGAUCCGUUGACUAUUGAUUUGGUUGGAGAUUCUGAUCAAAAGUUGGCAGAAGGUAUUUCACUAUAUUCGAUUGCAUCUGACAUGUAUGGAAAAGCAUCAAUUAUUGGACCUCUGAUAACAGAACAUGCAAAAGGUGGAAAGUGCAUUGUUUUCACUCAAACAAAAAGAGAUGCUGAUAGAUUGGCAUAUGCUAUGGGCAGAAAGUUUAGAUGUGAGGCUCUGCAUGGGGAUAUUUCACAAAGUCAGAGGGAGAGAACACUUGCAGGUUUCCGGGAUGGGCAGUUUAAUAUUCUAGUGGCGACAGAUGUUGCUUCCCGUGGUCUUGAUAUUCCCAAUGUUGAUUUGGUCAUACAUUUUGAGCUUCCAAACAAUUCAGAGAUUUUUGUUCAUCGCUCUGGUAGAACAGGGCGAGCUGGUAAGAAAGGAAAUGCGAUCCUCAUCUACACACGGGAGCAGACAAGGGCCGUGAAGGUUAUUGAGCGAGAAGUGGGAUGCCGAUUUAUCGAGCUUCCCAGUAUAGCUGUUGAGGGAGGCAGUGUGGAUAUGUCGAAUGACUUUGGUGGUGGUGGUCGAUCUGGCUCAUAUGGUGGUGGUGGUCGAUCUGGCUCAUAUGGUGGUGGAAGAGAACGUCGUUCUGGUGAUUCAGGAUUUGGACGUAGUCAAAGAGGUUCAGACUUUGGUGGAUAUGGAAGUUCUAGCAACUCUGGUCGUUUUGGUUCCUUUGGUGGUCCUAGUACAGGUCCUUCUGGAGGAGGCUUUGGUAACUCAAACCGAUCUGGGAAUUUUGGUCGCUCUUCAGGAUUUGGCGACAGCAGUUCCACCAGGAGUGGUGGCUUUGGAGGUAAUAAUUCUGGCCGAAGUGGUGGUUUUGGCGGUUUUGGCGACUCUUAUUCCAGCCGGUUUGGUGGCUUUGGCGAUAAUAAAAGCUGAUGAUCUGUGAACUGCACUAUCAUCCAAUACAGUUGAAGGGUGCCUAGAAGAGGCAUAUAAUGUUUAACAAGGUAAUUCAAUGUCUAUUGAUAUCAAAGCUUCUGCACACAAUGAUGUUUUGCUGGAAGGACACACGGUCUUCUUUGGGGCUUUUCCUUGACCCGAAGAGAAUUUUGCCGAAGCAGCGAAAGUUAGUGUGAACCGUGUAGGGUUUUUGUGUUUUUCGUGUUGUCGAUAUCUACUCUACUAAUAUAUCAUCAUUCUAUGGUAGAAUAAACUGUAGUUGAGAUCGGACAUGAGAUAAAAGAAGUUGCUUAUCUUCUAUUUUUUUUUUUUUAAUAUCUCCCCGCAUCAAUAGUAAAACGAAAUUUCA